AAUUUUGCCAUUUGGCUAGUCUGUUUUUGUUUGUUUAUUGUGUGUGUGUGUGAGUUGAAUCUUUCAUUGUUUUUUUUUCACUCUUGUUACAACAAAAAGAAUUAUUAUAGAAUAAUCGUGAACAUUUGAGAAUUAUUCAAUAACAAUAUAUCAUCACUAUACAAAACUUAAAAGUUUAAUCGUUACUGUUGAUCGUUGCCUGUACUUGUCAUUGAAACAAAUGUGUUAGCAGUGAAAAAAAAAUUGAUAACAUCAUAAUCUACAAAAGACUAAGAAUGGAAAAUAAUCAUUUAUCAUCGAAUACGAAUAAUUCAAUAUCACAUUCCGCCGUCACCGAGCUUGGCGAUCGAUUGAAUUUAUUGAAUGUAAACGGACGUAAUGAACAACAGCUGAAUGCAUCAAGUCGUUCGCUUCCAUCGAAUUAUGUGGACAUAUCUUUGCACAAUCUUUCUUCUCGAUCAAAUUCCUCUCCCAAUAAUUCGGUUGUCACACCUCAAACACAGUUUUCGAAGCUCAAUCCGAGCGCACAGGAAUUCGUUCCACGCUCGAAUCGAACAACAAAUGCCAACAAUUCUACGAUAGUUGGUGGUGGCAAUGGUGGUGGACCUUAUCGACAUAUUUCCAACUCAAACAACCAUAACAACAAUCAUAACUAUGCCAAUGGCGGUGGUCCGAAUACCAUUUCCGAGAAUGAGAAUUAUAUUGAAGAUUAUAUGUCGCUUUCAUAUUUGAAAGAUUUCAUCAAUCAUAUAUCGAAUAAACCGAGCAUGUAUGAUCAAGGUAUUAAUGAAUUAACAUUGAUACUCAACUCAUAUCUUGAUGAGGAUGACUGUGUUCUCGAAUUGAUCGUCAAUCAGAUCGUUGAUCAGUCGAUAAUUGAUGUAAACUUUCGUUAUAAUGGUGUACGUUUGUGCGAUCAUUUUAUGGAACAUCUUCGCGAAGCAAGUUCUGGUCAAUCAUUUAGACAGUUACUUUUCAAACGAAAUCAACGCGAAUGUUCGAGAAAAGUUAGCGACAUAACAUCGGCCAACACAUUUGUCCAUCUGCGCGGUUUGGCAUUGUUUACAGCAGAAUUAUAUUCUCGUUGUAAAGCAUCGGAUCUAGCUGAACAUUUGCCAAGUUUAUUGAUGAAUAUACUCUCAUCCGACAUUAAACGUGAUGAUAAUGUUAAAUGUGUCUGUCAUGUUUUAAAGCUCUGUGGACAACAAAUGCAGGCAUAUUUUGCCUCGAUUGGAAAAAACGAUUUUACAAUUGUUUUGGCUAGAUUGAAAGAAACACUCCAGUGUGAUAUGUCGAAUUCGAUCAAAGAAAUGGUAAAAAAGAUUCUCACGUUGGUAGAAAAUGAUUGGCAACAACCACAAACGGUCAACACAUCCAACAUUGUCAAUCCAUAUCUAAACAAUCCACAAGGAAUAUUGGUCGCACGUGAUGGUGGUCACCAUUAUGUUGAUAAUAUCAAUAAUCACCAUCAGUAUGAUUUCGGCAAUUGUGGUGACGAAGAUAAUGCCGAAAUUUGUCAGGAUUUCGAAAAUUUUCUCAAAAGCACUCGACAGAAUUGAAGAAUUUUUCCUACUUCAUUUUGUCAUUGUCAGCAUUUGGUACGACCAACAAAAACAAAAUAACACAAUCCCAAAAAAAA